ACAGUUGUACUAUUUUGUAUUCUACCAACAAGAAAUGAGUGUUCCAGUUACACCUCACUAGCAGUUAGUAGUGUGCAUGUGUUGGGGGUGCAGGGGGUUAUCCUCAGAAGGUUCUGUCCACUGUGAGAACUUGGUUGUUUUAGUUGGUUGGUUGGGUUGGGGGUUUUUUGGUUGGUUGGUUGGUUGGUUGGUUGGUUGGUUGGUUGGUUGGUUGGUUGGGUUGGGGGUUGGUUGGUUGGUUGGUUUUGUUUUUGUUUUUUUGGGUUUGGUUGCUUGAGACAGGCUUCUCUGUGUAGGUCUGCCUGCCUGUCUCUGGAGUGCUGGGAUUAAAGGCAUGUACCACCAUACCCAGCUCCACAUUGUUUUGUGGGGGGUGGGGGUUGUUUGUUUGGGACAGGGUGUUUGGCGUAGAGCUUGCCUGAGUACUUGUCCCCACCUCUCUCUCCCUACUGAGCUAUCUCUAACUCAAAUUUUAGCUAUUUUGAUUUAGAAAGAUAGGUUGUCUCACUGUGCUUUUGAAAUUAUUUUAAAGAUACAAUGGAUAUAUAUUAUAGGUGUUUAAAAUUGCUUUGUAUGUGUGGUAGUUUGAAUAAGUAUGGCUCCCAUAGAGUCAUGUGUUUGCUUGGCCCAUAGGGAGUGGCACUAUUAGGAAAUGUGGCCUGGGAGAAACUGUGUCACUGUGGGGGCAGGCUUUGAGGCCUAGGCCUGUGGUCUAGCCUCAGCCAGUGUGUCUGCUGCCUUCAGAUCAGGAUGCAGAACUCAGCUCUUUCUCCAGCACUCUGCCAUACUUCCACCAUGACAGUAACGAACUAAACCUCUGACAUUGUAAGCCAGCCCCAAAUAAACGUUUUUCACGAUGUCGCUUCACAGCAACAAAAUCAGAACUAUGCACAUGUGUCUAUGAAGCCACGAUGAAAUCACAACAAAUCUGAACCCUCUCCAUCCAGACCCUUUCCAAAGAGUUACUGAUCUCCUGUGGCAUUGUGGGUCGGUGUUACAUAAUGGAGUCAUAGCGUGAACUCUUCCUAUGUCUGCCUGCUGUUACAACCUCAGAUAACCGUUCCUCAGGAGCUCUAUAUUUUGUUUGAGAUAGCAUCUCACCAGGUAACUGGUGACCUGGAACUUGCUAUGUAGACCAGGCUAGCCUCAACCUCACAGAGGUCACCUACCUCUGCCUCCUGAGUGCUGGGAUUAAAGGUAUACACACCCAGCUCCCAAUCUGUCAUUUUAUCUCUUUUUGAGGCAGGUCUUGCCAUCCUUGGAAAUUGCCCAAUAAACUAGGCUGGCUGGCCACUGACCCGGGGGCUCCAUUGCUUCUGCCUUACUUGAGCUGGGAUUACAAGCACACAACAUGACCCCAGGACUCUACUCGGCCUUUUUCUUUUAAUGUGGGUUUUAGCAAUCCAACUCAGGUAUCUGAUUUGGAAAGCAAGCACUUUAUUAAUCCCCCAGGGUUCACUUCAAUUUUUAAAAACUUUUUAAAAGUGUUUUUAUCACUAUAUACAGGAAUAUAAUGUAGGAAGCUGUGUCUUUUGGCUUUAGUUUUACAUUUCUCCUGUUGAGAUAAAUCUAUCUGUGAAGUAUGUUUUAUUUUGAAUGUUUACUUCAUCCAUGACUAAGGUUGAAGGCUGAAUCUCUUUUCAUAUGGUCUGUUUUUUUUUUUCCUGACAUAUUUUUGUUAAGUGUUUAUAAUGUAUUCUUAACUAGGCUUUCUUCACUUACUGUAUAGAUUAUAUUAUACUGUAUAGAUGGUAUGGAUGACAGACUUAUGUCAUUAUGAAUUUAAAAAUUAAAAGCAAAAUGAGGUUAUAGCUCAUUGGUAGUUUGCCUACUAGCAUAAAAUUCAGGGUUCCACACACAGUUGUAAGCCUGCAAUCCAGUUUUCUCACAAUUCUUAAACUGUUGUCCCAAGUGCUGCUCUCCCAGAUACAAGCAAGACUUCCUUCCCCAGCUCCUCCAGUCACUGAUUCUUUCUGUUGUGCUUUCUCCACUACCCUAAUUAGGAGAGUAAGCCCAUAGCCUAAGGUUUCCACUCUUCCCUUUGUUUUUAGUGCACAUACACCAGAUACCUUCCAUGUAAACAAAGUUUUGACAAAAACAAAAACACGCCAACUAAGGAAAAUAGGAAACAGGUUAUGGCACGUUUAGUCUGGCUGGGAAGCUCAAGGGUCACACACGACCUUCCUAGCCCACUCUACAUAUAAAGACCAUACUUAAUGUUGGGUAAGUCCCGGAAGCAAGUCGCUGAGGAGGGCUCUGGUGUCCAGGGGUGUACCCAGUGACUGGUGUAACAACGCGAAGCAAAGUGAGAAAUGAUUGUGGGGUCUCUAGUAGUGGAAAAGUGUGCUCACUUUAUUUAGGCUAAUACUUUUCUUAUCACAGCAAGAAAGUGACUACAUCUCUCAAAUAAACCUUCAGCAGAUUUUACAAACUGACCCCAACUUCCAGGCUCCACCCACAGGAAGGUUUAAACAGGAAGGUUUGGACUAGACUAUUUCUUCUCCAGCACAAGCUGCCCUCACACAGGGAGGAGUCAGCGGAAGCACUCUCUGGAUGUUGACCUCCACUUGGGCGGAGACAGCACUUGUGAAAGUGGAGGGAUUUGCUUCCGGGACAUGAUCGUCUAAGCCGUGUGGCAAAAUGGUAGUGGGUUCCGCCCAGCCGGAGCCAUAGCCCUUUCCGUGCAGUGACCGUUUUGAGAGCGAAGUGUGCAUGUCUUCGUCAGUGUUUGUCACGAGCCCUCCCAAGCCGCGGGUGGAGAGCGACAUAGUCUCAGGAGUGCGGCUCCGGCCGGAAGGCCACUCGGCUGCGCGCGCGCCGGGGCGGGCCUGCAGGCGAUACCGGAGGCUGAGGCUGGAGGAGCCGCGUGCGGACCGCACAGCCACAGCCAGGCCCAGUGCUGGGAGGGAGGCGCUUCAGAGAGUCGCCCCCCACGCCCGCCUUUAGGGGGCCAGCGGACUCGGCGGAGGAAGCCUGGAGCACAGGGACGCCUUGUUGGAAAGCCUGACCAACCUAAGUGAGGGCAGGCCAUGCCAUCAGGGCUAGAGAGGAGUCAGGCAGGGUCCAGACUCUACUUGCGGGAUCUGGUGACAUAAGGACUCAGGGAAGGAGUGUGGGCAAGUGAAUGCUGAGAUUUGAGACCCAGAAGUUUCUCCCAUGGUUUCUUAUCACAUCUGCGAGUACCAAGACAGCGACUAUAAAAGUGUUGUGGAUGUGUUUACCAAGGGUGCAGAAGAGUACAUCCCCUCCACCUUCCGCCACUUGCUGCUGCUGCCCCGAACCCUCCUACUCUUACUUGGGGUGUCCCUUGCCCUGGUCCUGGUGUCUGGCUCCUGGCUGCUGGCUGUUGUAUGCAUCUUUUUUCUGCUCCCAUUUUUGUGGUUCCUUGCUGGACAGCCCUGGAAGAAUUAUGUGUCCAAAUGUUUACACACAGAUAUGGCUGACAUCACCAAGUCUUAUCUGAGUGAUCGUGGCUCAGGUUUCUGGGUGGCUGAGUCUGGGGAGCAGGUAGUGGGCACAGUGGGUGCUCUGCCAGUCAAGGAGCCUCCAUCAGGGAGGAAGCAGUUGCAGCUCUUCCACCUGGCUGUGUCCUCACAGCAUCGAGGACAGGGGAUAGCGAAAGCACUGGUCAGAACUGUGCUCCAGUUUGCACGGGACCAGGGCUACACUGAUGUUGUCCUUGAGACUAGCACCAUGCAGAUAGGUGCUGUGACCCUCUACCUGGGCAUGGGUUUCCAGAAGACAGGCCAAUACUUCCCGAGUAUGCUCUGGAGGUUAGUGGGUAUUCGUUUUGUUCAACUAAAUUACUCCUUCCCUUCUGCCUAGGAAGGGAGGCUGUGACCUUGAGUUCCUGUGGAGCAAGCACACUUCCCUGCACUCUGCUACAGGAACCAGUGAACCCUGUCAUGUCAGUGUGAUUAACAAUAAAAGCUUGUUGCUGCACACCA